AUGGAUUACACAUAUGCACCCGGCAGGAACCACCUGUUCGUCCCCGGUCCGGUCAACAUCCCGGAGCCGGUCCUUCGCGCCAUGAACCGAAACAACGAGGAUUACCGCUCCCCUGCCGUCCCUGCUCUCACCAAGACACUCCUCGAGGACGUCAAGAAGAUCUUCAAGACCACUACCGGCACUCCCUUCCUCUUCCCCACCACCGGUACGGGGGCAUGGGAGAGUGCUCUGACCAACACUCUGUCGCCAGGGGACAAGACGAUUUCGUUCCUGAUUGGCCAGUUCAGCCUGCUGUGGGUGGAUCAGCAGAAGCGCCUGGGUUUCGAUGUUGAUGUUGUGGAGAGCGAUUGGGGUGAAGGUGCCAAGCUCGAUGUCCUCGCAGCUAAGCUUGCUGCUGACCCUUCGCAUACCAUCAAGGCGAUUUGCAUCGUUCACAAUGAGACUGCCACUGGUGUCACCAACAACUUGGCCAAGGUCAGAAAGAUUCUUGGUGAGUGUCACAUACAGGACUAUGAUUACCGCCACCCGGCUCUGCUCCUGGUGGAUGGGGUGUCUUCAAUCUGUGCACUUGAUUUCCGUAUGGAUGAGUGGGGAGUGGAUGUGGCACUGACUGGCUCUCAGAAGGCUCUUUCCCUACCAACUGGGCUGGGAAUUGUGUGUGCAAGCCCUAAGGCUCUCGAGGCUGCAAAGACUGCCAAAUCUUACAGGGUGUUCUUUGACUGGAGUGACUACUUGAAGUUCUACAAGAUAGGGACCUACUGGCCAUACACACCUUCCAUCCAGCUGCUGUAUGGGCUCAGAGCAGCUCUGGACCUUCUCUUCGAGGAAGGGCUCGACAAUGUCAUUGCCAGGCACGCCCGCUUGGGCAAAGCCACUAGGCUUGCAGUGGAGGCAUGGGGUUUGAAGAACUGCACCCAGAAGGAGGAAUGGGUGAGUGACACAGUGACUGCUGUGAUGGUUCCUCCAUACAUUGACAGUGCAGAGAUAGUUAGGAGGGCAUGGAAAAGGUACAACCUCAGCUUAGGCCUGGGGCUUAACAAGGUUGCUGGCAAGGUCUUCAGAAUAGGCCAUCUGGGCAACUUGAAUGAGCUGCAACUUCUGGGGUGCCUAGCUGGAGUGGAGAUGAUACUGAAGGAUGUCGGGUACCCGGUGAAGCUUGGGAGCGGAGUUGCAGCAGCAAGUGCUUACCUGCAGAACGCCAUCCCCCUCAUUCCUUCCAGGAUUUGAUUCAAUAUGAACUACACAAAAAGGGACUACAAAAAGCCUGGCCUUGUAAUUACAGUCCAUUCUGUUUCUCAUUCAGUUCAGUACUGGUUCAAAGUAUGCGGAACACUGUUGUACAAUAUGCUGUUGUAUUAUACAUUUGCUGCUUAUGAUGAUGCUACCUCCUUCUGCAAGGCUUCUCCUUACAUGAGCAUGAAUUUGAAUGAAGCCGUGGUCAUUGUUUAUGUUGAAAUGCAACCAAGUCCAGUCAGCUUUUUCCAUCUUUGAAAGGAAGAUAAAGGAGAUGAAAAGGUUUUGUUUUUCAAAAGAGAGUUUUCCAUACUGUUGACUUUUCUGAAAGAAAGGUAUAUUCUCAAUUUGUAGUCCGAAGACUGCUGAUCCCUGUGAGAAGAUGUGAUGCCACAAGUUGGAAAUUUACCAUCCAACGACCAACAUUGACCUUUAGGGUGCUUGUUCAAGUAG